ACUAAAUUAUCAAAAAAGAAAGACAAAAGAAGAAUGAGAAAUGAGAUAUGUUUCGUGUCCAUUAAAGCUAUAUGCUUGAUAUGGUGUUUUAUGGGUUUGAUAGAGGGAAAUCGGGCGGCUGACUUUGAUGGAAAAAAAUAUGGUGCAAAGGCUGACGGCAAAUCAGAUGACAACAAGGCAAUUGAGAGUGCAUGGAAAGAGGCAUGCGUGGCACCGAAAGAGAGUAUGGUCGUGAUUCCGAAAGGAAAUUAUAUGGUCGGAGCAGUAAAAUUCCAGGGUCCGUGUCAAGCACCAAUCACGAUUAAGAUUGAUGGAACAUUGAAGGCACCAGCAGACCCAGCAAAAUUCAAGUCUCAGGAUAGUUGGAUUGUUUUCAACAACGUAAAUGGAUUGACAGUCGAAGGAGGAACUUUUGAUGGUCAAGGAGCCGUUGCUUGGAGCAAAAACGAUUGCGCAAAAACGGGAACUUGUAAUUCCCUUCCAAUAAAUUUGGCGUUCAACAAGGUGACCAAUUCUGUAAUUCGAAACAUUACUUCCUUAAAUAGCAAGUUGUUUCACAUGAACAUUUUAAACUGUAAAAAUGUGACGUUUCAACGUACUACGAUCGAUGCACCCGAGAGUAGCUUAAACACCGAUGGGAUACACAUUGGACGGUCGACCGGGGUCAACAUCACCGAUGCCGCCAUAAAAACAGGAGAUGAUUGUGUUUCCCUCGGCGACGGUUGCCAACAAGUAAACAUCGAGAAAGUGACCUGCGGUCCUGGUCAUGGCAUUAGCGUUGGAAGUCUAGGAAAGUACCAAAACGAACAACCCGUCGAGGGAAUAACCGUAAGGAAUUGUACGAUCACGAACACAAUGAACGGAAUAAGGGUGAAAACAUGGCCCGCUUCAACUGUUGGCUUAGCACGCAGCUUGAGUUUUGACAACAUUGUCAUGAACAACGUUAGCACGCCUAUCUUAAUCGAUCAACAAUAUUGCCCCUAUGGUCAAUGCAAAGCUGAGGUUCCAUCUCGUGUUAAGAUUAGCGACGUGAGUUUCAACGCCAUUAAAGGGACAUCGGCGACCCAAUUAGCAGUGAAACUUAGUUGUAGUAAGGGAACUCCGUGCGAGAACGUAGCAUUAAACGACGUUAAUUUGGUGUACCAUGGAACCAACGGAACUGCGAUAUCAGAAUGUGCCAAUGUUCAGCCUAAACUUACUGGCAAUCUUUUUCCUCCGGUGUGUUCAGUGUCGUCUCAUUAAUUUAAUUAUGUACAAAUUUUAUGUAGUGUAACAGGAAUAUUUUGUAAAAUUUGAGGACACCCCUUCAUGUCUUUGAUACAUGAUGCGUUGAUUGGUGGGAAUAUUGUGUUUAUGUUUUUUCUUUUUGUUUUAUGUAAAGAUGUAUUGAUGUUUGUCCAUGUAAAUAUGAAAAUAUGAAUAAAAUGUAC